AUGGGAGAUAAACAUACAUGGACCAAUGAGCAAAAAAAAUGCUUAUUGCAAACUUGUAUUGAAGAAGUGCAAACCGGACAUCCGAAAGCUGCUUCUUUGAAAACCGUCCCAUUAGUGUUUCCAGAGCUUUGUGCAGAACUCUUUGAUGGUAACAGUGCAUCUGGUAAUCGGAGCUAUGCCACAUCCCAAACACCAUCGGGACAUGGAUUAUCUUCUUUCCAUGUCGCACCACUACAGCUUAUGGACGCCCCUUCCAUUAACAUAGAUGAGGAUGACUUCUUUUCCAGUCAUACUCAGCCUCCAUCUUCUGCUGCUUCACCUUCUGUUGAUUCACCUUUUGUAACCCCAACAAAAGGGCUAAACCCUCAACUCCAAGACCUCGAGCUCCUAGUGCCUCACUUGAUCCACCUUCUUGUGCCUCGCCUAAAGUUUCUAUUAAUGAUGAUGAUUUAG